GCUUUGAGUGUGAUGUCAAUCGAACCAAUCCAACAUCCAUCUUCUGCUGGAAACCAUACCAAACCCAUUCCUCUCGCAAAGAAAUAUAAUUUCGUGACCUUUCGACCUUCACCAAAUACUCGAAAUGGGCGUGGAUAUUGAGAGCAUCAGUCCAGGGGAUGGGCGUACUUUCCCCAAGUCUGGCCAGACCGUUGUCGUUCACUACACUGGAACAUUCACAGAUGGGAAGAAAUUUGAUUCCUCCAGGGACCGGGGAAGCCCUUUCAAGUUCAAGAUUGGUCAGGGCGAAGUCAUCAAAGGAUGGGACGAAGGCGUAGCUCAGCUGAGCGUCGGCCAACGAGCAAAAUUAACGUGCAGCCCAGACUACGCUUACGGAUCACGUGGGCAUCCCGGAGUUAUACCCGGAAAUUCGACGCUUAUCUUUGACGUUGAACUUAUCCGAGUUGAGCCAUAAGAUUACAACACCUACUUUAUUCAUUCAUUAAAAACUAUACUAUAUGUAUUUAAUUUCAAAAGGCAAUUACUUUAUUCAUUUGUCAAAUUAUGUUUUCUUAUACCGUUUUUCUGAAGAACCAAAUUAAGUCAAUAUUCAAUAAUGUAUUACUAGUAGAAAAACCAAACAAUUUAUGACGAGACUUGUAUGUCAGUUUAAAGUAUCUCUGCAAACUAUUUCAAGUUCGUAUACAUUUCUUUGUGAAAAAAUAAUUGCUUCUUUUUUACUACAAUUAUAUGGAAGUUACAUGAAAAAUUCGGUCCUGUUACAAAUUUUGUAGUGUAUGAGUUUCAAGUGUUGAAAUAAAUCUUAAUACGACAACAA